AUGUCGGUCGUUCAGCGGGGGAAGUCAGCUUUGCUCGUCGCUCGGGACGUUCUCAAGGCACCCAUCAGCUAUGAGAACGCAAAGACGGUUCUCUUCUAUUACUUCGUACUGCGACAUGCUCUGAAGGUCCAUCGCCAUCUCCGGGCGAGAGGGAUUACGGAGUCAGCUCGCGAGAUAUACAGAUGGAUCAGCCAGCAAAUCGUCUUCUUGAUCCUUCGAACCCCAAAGAUGCGCGAGAAAGUCAGUUCUGAGCUGGGCAAAGCCAAGCUCGAUAUCGAGAAGAAGCUUGUGCCCUCUGGACCAGAAGUAGUUCGGCAUCUGGCCUUACCCGACUCCGGGAAGUCGCUAGAAUGGAUUAGGGAAGAGAUGGACAAGAUGGACAAGGAAAUGGGUUCCUCAACGAGCUGGAAACUUGGAAAGCUCUCGGGUGCAGUGUAUCACGGUGGUGAUGAUCUCGAGGCGGUUAUUGUAGAGGCAUACAAGAGAUACUGCGUCUCCAAUCCUCUCCAUCCGGAUGUCUUCCCUUCAAUUCGCAAGAUGGAGGCAGAAAUCGUUGCCAUGUGCCUCAGGAUGUACAACAACCCUAACGGCGCGGGUACUAUGACCUCUGGCGGCACCGAGUCUAUAAUCAUGGCCGUCAAGACCUACCGUGACUGGGCACGAGAAACUAAAGGCAUUACUGAACCCGAGAUGAUUAUCCCGUCCUCAGCUCAUGCUGCAUUUGACAAAGGCGCUGCGUACCUCAAAAUUAAGUACCACACCAUCCCUGUUGAUCCGUAUACCCGUAAAGUCGACAUGAAGCGCGUCAAGCGUGCCAUUAACCGCAAUACUAUCAUGCUUAUAGGCUCUGCGAUCAAUUUUCCCGACGGCAAUCAGGACGAUAUAGUCGCACUCGGUGCUCUUGCAGAGAAGUACAAGAUCGGUCUGCAUGUUGAUUGUUGCUUAGGCAGCUUCAUCAUGCCUUUCCUCGAGAAGGCCGGCCUAUCUAGCGGUGAGAAAGGUAAAUACAAGCUAGAACCUUUCGAUUUCCGUGUCAAAGGCGUGACGAGUAUAUCAUGCGACACGCACAAGUAUGGUUUCGCUCCCAAGGGAACAUCUGUUAUCAUGUACCGCAAUGCUGAGCUCCGGGCGUUCCAAUACUACGUGAACCCUACUUGGAGUGGUGGUGUUUACGCCAGCCCCAGUCUUUCUGGCUCUCGACCGGGGGCUUUAAUCGCAGGCACAUGGGCCGCCAUGCAAUACAUGGGUUCGGAUGGCUACCUUGAAUCAUGCAAAUCCAUCGUCACUUGUGCGCGCACAAUAGCCAACACCAUCACCAUCUCCAUUCCCGAAUUGUACAUUCUUGGCUCCCCACCCGCGUCGUGUGUGGCCUUUGGAUCCAAGCACCCCAAAGUGAAUGUAAUGGAAGUUGGAGAUGCCAUGGCGCAACGAGGGUGGCAUCUCAACGCAAUCUCGGGUCCCGCUGCGGUCCAUAUCGCCUGUACGCGAUUGACGGUGUCUAUGGUAGACAACUUUAUCGCCGAUCUCAAAGACUCUGUGAAGGAAGCCAAGAUUUCUCCGUCGGGCAAAGGAAGCAUGGUCGCACUCUACGGCUUAGGCAACUCCAGUGCCGUGGGACCAUCGAUGGUCGGGCAGUUGGCGACCGCCUUUUUGGACGCACUGUACAAGGCUUAG